GGGCCCGCCGUACUUCUGGGGGCGGGGCGAGGAGCGGAAGUCGCACUGUGUCACCUCCGGGACUCGCUCGCUGCGUCUCAUCGUUGGGGCCGCGACAAGAUGGCGGACCUGUCUCUGGACGAGCUCAUACGGAAACGCGGUGUGACGGUGAAGGGGAGACUUAACACCAGGCCAGUGUUUGGGGGUGUAAGAUCUCGCAUUGGGAUCCAGCCAAAUCUUCUGAAUAGAUCAUCACCAACCGUGAGCUUCCAGCAGACUUUUGAUGCCCGGCAGAAGAUCGGACUCACCGACGCCCGGCACAAGCUGGGGGUCAAAGAUGCCCGAGAGAAACUGGUUCAAAAGGAUGCUCGCUUCAGGAUCAAAGGGAAGGUGCAGGAUGCUCGAGAGAUGUUGAAUUCCCGUAAGCAGCAAAGUGUUGCUGCUGAAAAGGUGACCAAAGUGGUGGAUGCCAGAGAGAAGAUCAGCUUAAAAAGGAGCACUCCAGCUGUUAUCAGCCCGGCUAUGGGGACAGUCAAUCCAGCCAUGAAAAUCACCAAAACUAUCCAACAGAAGGCUCCAGUUCCUGGACACUCUCAUCCAGCAGGAAUGAGGAUCAAUGUGGUGAACAACCAUACACAUAAACAGGGUCUGUAUGACACAGAGGAUGAUGAUGAAAGUGUCUCUCCCCUUCCUAGCAAACAGAUGAAAAUCACCACCACAAACAGUUUCCUGCACAACUCGACUGGUCUGAGCAGCAAUAAAUUCUCUCUGUCCAAGACUGUUCCCCUGACUAAAGUGGUCCAGAACGAUACAUACACAGCUCCACCUGCAACUCCCCCUCCUGUGCGGACAAAGGCCUUGGCAAACAUGUCCCGGACCUUAGUGACAAAGGAAGUGCCUCCAAAAGAGCCAGCACCUGUUGAGCUGGCUUUCAGUCCUUUGGAAGGCACAAAGAUGACCGUAAAUAAUCUGCAUCCUCGAGUCACAGAAGAAGAUAUUGUUGAGUUAUUCUGUGUGUGUGGCGCUCUGAAGCGAGCCCGGCUGGUGCACCCUGGCGUGGCUGAGGUAGUGUUUGUGAAGAAAGAAGAUGCUAUCACAGCAUAUAAGAAAUACAACAACAGGUGUUUAGAUGGUCAACCAAUGAAAUGCAAUCUUCAUAUGAAUGGAAAUGUCAUCACCUCAGACCAGCCUAUAUUGCUCCGAUUGAGUGAUACCCCUUCAGUGAAGAAGGAAGGGGAACCACGCCGGUCAAGUGCAAGCGCCUCCUCAAAUCCCCCAGCUGAAGUGGACCCUGAAACUAUCUUGAAGGCACUCUUCAAAUCCUCAGGGGUCUCUGCAUCUGUGCAGCCCACAGAAUUCAAAAUUAAACUCUGAGAGGGGGGAGCAAGCCGUGGACUGGAAAACUCAUAUAAGCUGGGGGAUGAGGAAAGUGCAGGAGUGCAGAUGUUAUUUGCAUUUGCCUGUCCUGAAAUUUUUUGUUUUCUAUGAUCGCUACCUUACUGUACAAUAGUGUUUCCUCUUGUGUGUGUACUUUCUGUUUUCAUAGUUGGAGUUUUCUUCCAUGAUUUUUUUUCCCAAGAGAAUAACCUUCUCCUUCUGCCAGUAAUGUAUUACCAAGCAUAUACCAUGUAACUCCAUCCUUUACUCCAAAGCCCCCAGUGGCCAUUAAAAGUGCACAUAGACUUUGAGGGAAGGAGUGGUGAUCUCCUUCUGUUUUCAUCUGACUGACCUUUAACUGAAGGGUGCAUCCCCUUGGUUGUCCACAGGCAAGAGCACCACGUUGUUUCUGAAGUUGCAGCACUGGGUACAAAGGCAGGUUGGGUUCCCUCCAGAAAGGACUUGUGUGCAUUUGUGACAUAACUCUUCCUUCUGGCUGCUGGGCACUUUGCUGUCAGCAGCUGGGAUGUUGAGGAGAAGCAGAGCUGCCUGCAGUGUGCCAGGGGAGGCGUCAGGCAGAAGGGAUGUGUGCAAGUGCAGCGGCCAUUGUGCCAUGGGCAGGCGUGCUUCAGCUCUGCUAGUGCCGGAGGGUUGUUCUGGCAUUUGUACAAGGAAUAUGUUUGCUCUGGAGGGUCAGGCUCAGUUGCUCUCCUCUUUCUGGACUGAAAAAUUGAGAACCAGUCGUGUUCAGAGCUAGAAGAAACCCCGUUGUUUUGAGUCCCAUUAGAUUAUAUUGCCUCCUCCUGCUGAUGCACGGACAUGAGUUUCUUUCUUGCCUUCUAACUCAGACAGUCUCCUAUAAAAAGGCGGGACCUGAGACCCUUUUCAGAUCCUAAUACACACAAAGUCUAGUGUCUGAGAGCUCGUUUCUUUGAGAGAUGCUAUUUGUUUGGCUGCUGUGCGGUUAUGCUGCUGGCAUGCCUGGAUUUGGAGGAUGGUGGCUGCAGCCUGUGGCUUCAGGGAGAGGUUUAGGAGCAGCGGGCAGAUAGUACUGUGUAAGGGACACCGGAGAGGAGUGUCAAGUCCCGGAGUACUGUGUGAGGAACACCGGAGAGGAGUGUCAAGUCCCGGAGUACUGUGUGAGGAACACCGGAGAGGAGUGUCAAGUCCCGGGCAGGGCGGCGAGGAGGUGGCGUGGGCCAGCGAGUGUGUGUGACAGGCCACUAGGUGGCACUUCCAGUACUUCCCAUUGUUUGUACCGCACUGGCACCUUGGAUGUUGAAAGUCCCAGUAGCUCCACUCGUUUGUGUUUGUUCAGACUGUAUUGGAAGAGAGGAAAGCUGAGAGCAACUUGCAGAACCAGGCUGGGGUUUGAACUUGAUCCUACAAGCUGGGAGACUAAACUAAUCCAUUCUGUUCAGCUCUGCAGAGUAGCUCCUGGAAGUCCAGAUUCUGUUUCUUGGACAGCCCCAUGUUUCUUUUGCUUUCUUGUUCUGUAUGAACUCUUUCUUCUAUCUAGCUUUUGCAGACCAUUCCUUAAUCUCACUGUAUCCCUUUUAGCCAUGGAAAUAAUAAGGACUUGGCAGGACUUGUUUUUCUGGAGUACUCUGUUUGGUUGGAAGGCCAGUGACACCAUGAUUGGUGGGGUGCUUCAUGUGAACAGCAGAUGUUUGUAGAGGAGGGGACCUAAGACAGCUAUUGUUCUCCUUUUUUAGAUUGCCCACCAAAUACAUGUGUUUUAAUAAAAACAAAAGGGGGGGGAGGGAGGGGGAGGAAACAUUAGGGGUUGGAAAAGAUAAUGUAUUACCUGUUUCUGAAUAAACGUUUGUUAUACAGAGA